AUGGGAGCUCUCACGAAACACCAGGCGAUCCACUCAGAGGUAAAGCCAUUUCAGUGCUCUGAUUGUGGAAAGACUUUUAGUGCAAUGUCCAGUCUCAAGAGACACAAGAGGAUCCAUUCAGUGGAAAAACCAUUUCAGUGCUCUGAUUGUGGAAAGACUUUUAGUGCAAUGUCCAGUCUCAAGAGACACAAGAAGAAACACUCGGAUGAAAAACCAUUUCAAUGCUCUGACUGUGGAAAAUGUUUUAGUCACACUGGUGACCUCAAGAGACACAAGAGGAUCCAUUCAGGGAGAAAACCAUUUCAGUGUUCAGAUUGCGGAAAGAGUUUUAGUGAAAUGUCCACUCUCAAGAGACACAAGAUGGUCCAUUCAGGGGAAAAACCAUAUCAGUGCUCUGAUUGUGGAAAAAGUUUUAGUCGAAUGGGCAAUCUCCGACAACACCGGAUGAGACACUCUGGUGAAAAGCCAUUUCUGUGCUCUGAUUGUGGAAAGCGUUUUAAUCACACUGACGACCUCAAGAGACACAAGAGGAUCCAUUCAGGGGAAAAACCAUAUCUAUGCUCUGAUUGUGGAAAGAGUUUUAGUCAAAUGAGCAAUCUCAAUGUACACCGGAAGACACACUCUGUGGAAAAAACAAAUCAAUGUUCUGAUUGUGGAAAGCGUUUCAAUAACACACCUGCCCAAUUAAAGAGUUUUAGCCACAUUGAUGGCCUAAAGAUACACGAGAGGAUCCAUCCAGGGGGAAAAACAUUUCAAUGCUCUGAUUGUGGAAAGAGUUUUAGUGGAUACGGCGCACAACAGACUCCGUGUGCCAAGGGGGAUCACCUGGCUACCCUUAAACCUUCACAGAGGGGGCAUGCGGGAGGCUGGAAACAGUCGGACCUCAGCCUACCCAGCAAUCACACACGAACAGCAAACGAGCCAGUGACACAACAGGACAACAGGUAUGGCUUUGUCUCUAUUGCAGCUGUAAGUGUCCAGACUCCAGCACCACGGCAGUACCUUCAUUCUUCCUCUGCUACUUGUCAGAUGCAGGACCCCGGUCUUCCAAAUGUGGCCUCAACCUGCCUGAGUAGCAUGAAGAACCUCUCCCCCGUGGCCUCAACCUGCCUGUGUAGCAUGAAGAACCUCUCCCCCAUGCCAGAUGGUACGGCCGCACUGCUGAGCCAGCUCGAACCCCUAAACUCAGUGAGCCUCUCCACUGGGGCCUUUGGUGCAGCCCCAACUCACCCUCAGACCUCUGGCUGUCACUGCACCAGAGAAGACCUGCUGACCUCUGGCUGUCACUGCACCAGAGAAGACCUGCUGACCUCUGGCUUUCACUGCACCAGAGAAGACCUGCUGACCUCUGGCUUUCACUGCACCAGAGAAGACCUGCUGAAGGUGAUCGAGCCAGUCAGCAAGCUGCCCAGUGAACUAGACCAAUAG